AUGGAGCAGCCGCAGAGCCAGCAGAACCCAGAGCAGAAGCACCAGGAGCAGAAGCCGGCCAAGUUUCGCUGCCAGUUCGCGGGCUGCAACCGCUCGUACCUGAGGAGCGAGCAUCUCAACCGCCAUGCGCUGAUUCACAAAAAGGGAGCCUUUCUCUGCUAUCUGUGCCAGAGGCGGUUCACUCGAAACGACCUCCUCAAUGCCCACCUACGGCGCCAUGAGAAGCGCAAGUCUACGUCCGAGGGCGUAGAGCAGCCGCCGAACGCCUCAGAUGCUUCCGCUGCUGCUGCUGCUGCUGCUGCGUCUGCCGGCCAGCCUGCUGCCCUCGCGUCUCUCUCGCCGCCGCCGUCAACCACCCUGGCCAUCGUCGCCAGCAGCUCCCCGUCAGAGACCAGGCCCUCGCCGGCCACUGCAGAAUGGCAUCUCGAGCCUCAGAAUCGCCUCGACGGAGCCGUGGGCCAGUCGCCCGCUGCCUACAGCGAAGUUGGCCGCUCGCCGGUGGCCCAUUUCCCUGCAAUGGCUCCUCUCACGCUCCCUUCGCCCUCGCCUCGAACUGAUCCCAGCAGUCAUAUAUACAGCAAUAGCCACAAUAAUAACCAUAGUCACAGCCAUCUACCGCCUAGCGGACAGCCGGCCGGCAUGCAUCAGCACCAUCAGCACCACCACAAUCACAGCCACGCUCCUCCGCAUUCCUCGAUGCCUCCCGUCGGCCAUCUGCCCCAUCUGCUCAGCCAUCAGCAACAGUCCCACCAGCAGUACCUGGCAAUGCCCACUCCGUUUGACGGCUACCCGUGGCUGUUCCAUAGCACCAGUCUCUUCGAUCUGCCCUCAGACGACUAUCUUAAUCUUCAUUUCGGGGAUACAACUGACCAUACAUCGCCUCCUGUAUGUUGUCUAUAG